AAACUCAUUGCAAUCGCCAUCGACACCACAUUUGUCCGCCGGCUGUCGUCGUAACCACGCUGUUUUCCAUGCAUUCCAACUUUUCAAGGUAGCACUAUGCUGCGCACAGCUGUCGAAACGAAGCUCCUGCCGACAAGACAACAUGAUGAACCCAUUGCAAAGAGUGUUGAUAUAAUAGAAGAUGAAGGGGAAAGCAGUGAUGACGAAGCUGAUAAGGACUCUGAGGAAGAGAACCUAGAGAAACUAGUGUUCGGGUCAUGUCGCGACCUGGGCGAGCCGUCUCACGUUAAAAAGCAACGGAAGGCGUCCAAACGGAAAACGUCCGAGUGCGAUGUUGCAAGCGAUGAAGACGAUGAGCUGCCGCCGCUACACGUCGGAAAGAAACCUGCCUGGCAGGAUGAAGACGACAAUGACAUCCCAGAUGAAGACAAGGAGGUGCGUACGGAAGGGCCAUCUGUUCGUAAAAUGGCUAGAAAGGCAGACUCUGAUCACUUGAGAAAGAAGUACACAAAAAUUAUGGGUGUGCCAAAGUGGGCAGAGCAGACUGAUGCCGAAAAACCUUCAGACGAUGAAGAGGAUGAUGAGAUAUUACGGAAAGCCACCAGAUUUGUUGGAGACUCUAAGAACCUGCCAUCAAGCACCUUGCAAAUUCACAAAUGUACACCCCUGGCCUUUGAGUCCAGGGAAAAUAGCGUGCUGAAGAGUGUCGAGUUUCACCCAAACUCUCAAGUCGCGCUCGUAGCAGGUCUUUCGGGCACAGCAACGAUUUGCCAGGUUGACGGAAAGACCAAUGCCAAAAUUCAGGCUGUCCACUUUGACCGCUUCCCCAUCUAUUGUGCUCAUUUUUCGCACGACGGCCGUGAAAUAUGGGCGGGCUCUUCACAAAAGGACCACAUGUUCUGCUACGACAUGAUGGCCGGCAAAACAACCCAGAUCCGUUUUCCUAAAGGUCUCAACAUCACAAACACGAAACAGUUUUAUGUGUCUCCCGAUGGACAGUACUUUGUGGUGACUGGGCGCUUUGGUGAAAUACACGUCGUCUCCGCAAAAUCAAAGGAGUGUUUGUACACAUUGAAGAUGAAUAAGCAGGUGAAGAGUGUUGCAUUUACACCCAAUGGCUCUUCGAUGUACACUAUUGGUGGCAGCGACAUCUGCAUUUGGGACAUGGACAGUCGUCGCUGUCAGCAUCGCUUCACAGAUCACGGUUGCAUAGACGGACUCUCCCUGGCUGCUUCACCUAACGGACAGUUUCUUGCCUCGGGGUCUGAUUCGGGUGUGGUGAAUGUAUACGAGACAUCUAAGCUGCUCGAAACAAGAUACCCUGCUCCUCUAAAGGAAAUCAUGAACCUCACUACAGAAGUAACCCAUCUGAAGUUCAACUGCACAUCGGAACUGCUAGCCAUGAGCUCGUCUUUCAAGCCCAACGCUGUCAAAAUGGUCCACUUUCCUAGUCUGACUGCCUUCUCCAACUUCCCAGGAAAGCACGACUUCAGAUAUUCAAACUGUAUAGACAUAUCACCCAACAGUGGCUACUUCUUGUGUGGAAACAAUUUGGGAACUGCACAUUUGUUCAGGCUCAAGCAUUAUUCAAAUUUUUGAUCAAGGCAUACUUCCAAGUGUCACAGUUGAAGAAGAAUGGCUCUGUAAAAUACUGUGUAAUAAAUCUCACUGUUGUA